GGGGUCCGCUCCUGCCGAGGGUUCGGUUCCGCCGCCGCUCCCGCCCCUCUCCCCACCAUGAGCUCCGCGUCCUGCCCCUCCCGGGAGCCGCCCCGGUACCUCAGCCAGGCCGAGGCCGAGGCCCUGCAGCGGGAGCUGCUCGAGGAUUAUCGCUUCGGGCGGCAGCAGCUGAUCGAGAUCUGGGGACACGCCAGCGCCGUGGCUGUCACCAAGGCGUUCCCGCUGCUGUCGCUGCCCCGCCGCCAGCGCACGCUGCUCGUGCUGUGCGGGCCGGCCCAGACCGGGGCCAUCGGGCUGGUGUGUGCCCGGCACCUGCGCUGCUUCGAUUACGAGCCCACCAUCUUCUACCCACGGCGCUCCCCGGACCCUCUGUUCAAGGAUUUCACCACUCAGUGCGAGAAGAUGGACAUUCCCUUCCUGUCCUACCUGCCCACCGAGGUGCAGCUCAUCAACGACGCGUACAACGCCGUGGUGGACGCGGUGCUGGGGCCCGAGGGGACAGAGGGGACAGAGGGGACAGAGCCGUGCGCGGCCAUCCUGGCCACCCUGCGCCACAUCCGCAUCCCCAUCGUCAGCCUGGAUGUCCCCUCAGGCUGGACCCCCGGCGCGGGUGGCACAGGUGACAUCAGCCCGGCCGUGCUGGUGUCGCUGGCCGCCCCCAAGGAGGUGACACGGCGCUUCCAGGGACGGCGACAUUUCCUGGCCGGGCGCUUCGUGCCCGAGGAGCUGCGGAGAAAAUUCGGGAUCGGGGCCGAGUACCCGGGCAGCGACUGCGUGGUGGCACUGUGACCCCAAAAACAUCUCUGGGACCCCAAAAAUGGCACUGUGACCCCAAACAACAUCCCUGGGACACCAAAAACAUCCUUGGCACCCCAAAAAAUCCCCAAAAAACAUCCCUGGGACCCCCAAAAAACAUCCCUGGGACACCAAAAAACAUCCUUGGGACCACAAAAAUGGCACUGUGACCCCAAACAACAUCCCUGGGACACCAAAAAUGGCACUGUGACCCCAAACAACAUCCCUGGGACCCCAAAAAAAUCCUCAGAUACAGCCCUGGGACCCCAAAAAUGGCACUGUGACCCCAAACAACAUCCCUGGGACACCAAAAACAUCCUUGGCACCCCAAAAAAUCCUCAAAAAACAUCCCUGGGACACCAAAAAACAUCCUUGGGACCACAAAAAUGGCACUGCGACCCCAAAAACGGCACAGUGACCCCAAAAAACAUCCCUGGGACCCCAAAAAACAUCUCUGGGACACCAAAAACAUCCCUGUGACCCCAGAAAUGGCCCUGGGACCCCAAAUACAGCCCUGGGACCCCAAAAAUGGCACAGUGACCCCAAAAAACAUCCCU